AUCUACUUGAUUCAUUCUCUGCGGAUCUUCCCAGAGCUGAUCUGCGUUUGCCCUUUCCUCUUAAUCUCCGCCAUACCUGGAUAUAAUACGUUGAAAGAGAGUCAAGCUGCCUUCAAAAUGACAAGUCUGGGUGGAGCUGUCCCAAGGAUGAUGAGACCAGCUCCCGGACAGAAUUAUCCUCGCAGCGGGUUCCCAUUAGAAGUGUCGACUCCGCUGGGCCAAGGCCGAGUCAACCAGCUCGGGGGCGUCUUCAUCAACGGCCGGCCUCUGCCCAACCACAUCCGCCACAAGAUCGUGGAGAUGGCUCACCACGGGAUCAGGCCGUGCGUCAUCUCUCGCCAGCUGCGAGUCUCACACGGCUGCGUCUCCAAGAUUCUCUGCAGGUACCAGGAGACCGGCUCCAUCCGGCCGGGGGCAAUCGGAGGCAGCAAACCCAAGCAGGUGACGACGCCGGAUGUCGAGAAGAAGAUCGAGGAAUAUAAACGAGACAACGCGGGCAUGUUCAGCUGGGAGAUCCGGGACAAGCUGCUGAAGGACGGCGUGUGCGACAGAAACACCGUGCCUUCAGUGAGCUCCAUCAGCCGUAUUCUGAGAAGCAAAUUUGGGAAGGGAGAAGAAGAAGAAGCCGAGCUGGAGAGGAAGGAAGUGGAGGAGAGCGAGAAGAAAGCCAAGCACAGCAUCGACGGCAUCCUCAGCGAACGAGGUAAAGGGCGGCCGGCUUCUUCUUCUUCUUUGAGGGGAUCGAGCCUCGGUCGAGGCGCCGUUAGAGAGUGCAAAGAUGAUUGA